GUUCGUGGAAGCGAGUCGCAGGUGGGUGCCGCGCCGAGCGCGCCCGAGCGGCCCCGAGCGGCCCCGAGCUUGGCCUCUCGGUGCCAGAACGUCGCAAGUGCCUCGCGCCUGCCGCGCUACUUGCCACAGACUGCCUCAGUCUGAGUUCGGCCUCCACUCUGUCCGUAUGUCACAGUGACGGUGCGUCGUGCUUUUAACAGUUGUUUUCGUAAUCGUGUGAUGUUUUUGUAUCGGAACUAUGGUGUAUUCCAAUGAAAAUGUGGAGUGAUUUUCAGGGCUCGGGCGGCGCGUGCGGCGGCAAGCGGCGCGCCCAGGCCGCGUGCGAGGCGGGCGGCAAGGUCGCGCGCUGGGAGGACUCCAUCGCGCGGCUGGAGGCCGUGGCCGCCGGCGCGGGCGGCGCGGACUGCUGGCGGGAGGACGAGGAGCGGCGCGCGUGCCGCCGGCGCUGGUGCGGCGGCUGGUGCGGCGCGCACGACACCAUCCGCGCCGAGAACGGCAAGAGCUACCUGGAGCUGGGCGGCGCGGCGGCGCGCGCGUGCUGCGACGGCCGCGCGGCCGGCCGCUGCGCCAGCCGCCGCUGCUACCGCGAGCGCCGGCUCAAGAUGAUGAACCUGUGCGCGCUGAAGCUGGCGCGCUUCCGGCAGACGGCGGACCCGUCGCUGCGGCGCUCCGUGCUGGUGUGCAACACGCUGCGCGGCAUCGAGCGCGAGAUGGAGCGCGAGAGCGCGGAGGAGGCGCCCUACGAGUGCGGCGGCGCGGGCGCGGCGCUGCUGGCGCGGGACGGCGGCGGGCGCGCCACGCCCUUCCCCGCGCCGCCGCCGCCCGACCGCGACUCCGGCUACGGCGACGAGGAGCGCGCCAUCGACUGGGGCUCCGUGCUGAGCCUGUCGUCGCGCUCGGCGCUGGACCCGGCCGAGGACGCGUGGCCCGACGACUGGGGCUGGGGCGAGGACAGCUUCGUGCGCCUGCUGGUGCCCACCAGUUAGUGGGUGGCGCGCGGGCCCGAGCCGCCCGCGCCGCACUGAGCGCCUGUGAUACCGCCGCGGCCGCCGCCGCCGCCGCCGCCAGCUGAGGCCACGCCGCGCGCCGGCUGCCUCCCGCCGCCGGCCGCGCGGCUCAUCUAGUCGGACUCCGCACGCCCGCCCGGUCCGGCGCCGGAGCGUCCGUCCGGUCGCCCGGACCGGGCAGAGGGACGCAACAACCACAGUCAGUAGUUAGUAUUUUAUAAUUGCUAAAGGGAAGGUGCUAGCUUCGGAUGUGACGCAGGACUUUUAUGCGAGCCGAGUUAUUUUUGAUAGUUUUAUUUGUUGAAGUGAAUUCCAAACCGAAACUGAAGUGACUUAGCUAAUGACAUAUUAUCGUUUAAAUUAAUCAACCACGCUGGUGUUUGAGUUUUUUGUUGAAAUUAUUGUGUAAUUAAUUAGAUAAAGCUAUAUUUAUUAUUUCGUUAAAAGAGAAGUGAUGGUUUGAAAUUAUUUCUGUCUUGAUAUUUUCACGAAUGUUUGUAUCUGAACAACGAGAGUGGCUGGUGAGGAUGGAUGCGAGGGUGAGGUGAGCGGCGACCGCCCGGCGCCCGGCCGCGGCAGGCACACAGCCGCUCACUAGAUCUCACAAUAUUAAUUAAAUGAUGUAUAUAAUUGACAAAGACUAAAGAGUCUGAUAGAGGUGUGGACAUGACCGAUCUUUAUCAACUAAGAUUGAUAUAAUAUAAUACUAAGCGAACACUUCUGUCUUCAAGACCGAUUUCUCAUGAAUGUCUACCCGACCCUGUACUUAAUUAUAGUAAAAUUUAAUUGGUCUCGCUUAAACCUAAUGUAUUGUACCUAAACUGAGUUUUGGCAUCAACAAUUUGUCUAAAAUGGAAGUCAAUUAAAUAACCAGCCUUGUCAACUGUUCAUGCCUGCUCGGGGGCAGCAAUACUUACUGACGUUGUGGAGCAUGCGGAAUUUGUAACUUAAGUGAUAGGUAUCAGCAAGAAUUGAUUGUACUUAAAUUAAUGACCCUCCUAAACCAGGAAUUGUAUACUGUAAUGACUGUCCAAGUCGACUGCCUCCUAACGAAUCCGAUACAUUUCUAUUGUAUAAAUAUAAUUAUGAUAACGCUCUCACGUCUGUGCGUAGCGGGGCUCGGGCGACGGCGGUCUGGCCUAAACCUCUACAUAGUAGAACACUGUAAAACAGUCUGUAGCAGUAGAUAGACGAGCCCCAGCGCCAGGCGCCGCCGCUAGCUUACAAGAAACUUAAUUUACGAAAAUAAUUUAGCUAUGCAUUAUGCAAACAAUGAAAAGCAGUUCCUAAUAAGCAAGUAACUAGUUGAAUUAGCAAUUUAUUUCUGGAUAUAUACUUUUUACACAAAACUUUGUUAGGAGGCAUUCGAUAUUUUGAGCUACUUUAGUUUCCUACCUAUCUCUUACAAGUACCUACUUAUGAAAAUGUUGCGACGAAAAUUGUGUAUCCGGCCGUGUUGUAGUGAAAUUUGCAAUCCGCAAUUUCUAAUUAGAGCCUGGACAAAGCGCUCUGGACAAAAAUGUUGGCUAUGUGUGAGUGCGUCCAGUGAUAUAUUAGCGAUGGCGGAUUGUGAAUGAUGUACGGCAGCGGGCCGAGAGCGCCUCAAAUGAGACUAAAUGAUUCCGCGCGUCAUCAGGAUUUGUGGUCACGUUCGACGGCGGCCCAUUGGUGCAUGAAAAACACACACUUUAAUACGAAUUUUCAAUUUUACGUUUGCUCAACCUGUGUGUGCACGGGGGCCGCCGCACGGCCGUAAACCGGGAGUUGGACUGCAUGGACCAAACAUACCUAACACUUUUAAAUAGAGAAAAGUACAAAUUUCAAUAAAGUAAAGUAUGCAAGAGUGCUCCGGCGCGCGUAAGUCCACCGUUGUCAAUUACUCAAUAUUUGAAUUGUGAUUCGGUAGCUAAUGAGAGAAAAACUCUAUCUUCUUAAAUUUAGUGUAAAUAUUAUAUGGAGAUGGGCAUUAUGGCGCGGCCCGCGUCGUUGUAAAUAGAUAUUGUAAAUUAAUAAUUUGAUUGAUGUCGAGUAGUGGAAGCUCUGCUCGGGGUGGCCGCCGUGCGUCGCCGUGUGUCGCCGUGUGUCGCUCGCGCCCGCCCCAUUGUAACAUACCACCUCUAUUCUGUCCAAUAAAACCUAUGAUAAAGUACAGAUUUACAACUUACAUUAAUAUUAUAGGAAUGCAUUCGUUUUAAGAUAAGAUGUCACAAAAUAUCUUGCCAGUAUUUAAUUGUAACCACCUGGUUCUGUACUAUAAUCUGAAGCACUGGAUGUAUCUAAUGAUUGAGCUCAAUUAUUUUUUGUGGUUUAUUUCCAGUAGAUUUGUUUUAAUGAACAAUGUCCGUAUGGUUGUGAUGGUUUACUUAAGUAAGUUAGACGAUUGUCGGCGCUCCGCUGGCCGACAUGAAAAAUGCACUAAUCUCGGAUUUUGUACCUACUUCAUACAAAUUUAUAUUCUGAAAGGUUUUCGUGGUGUCGUGUGUCGUGGACGGGUCCAGAAGUUCAUUUAUAGUACUUAAUUUACAAAAAACUUAUUGUAGCUUAUAUCGGUUUGUAACUUUAAACUUUUAUAUUGUUUGAUAAUAUUAAUGUGCGUUUGUACCUAGCUCCAUACAUACUGCAGCCAGGUACGAGGCACACGCCUCGUCCGCGAACAUACGACACACACAAAACUGACGAAGCUUGCAUUUACAAACACAUUAUUACCCGAUUAUGUCCUGUCAUUUCCAUUUAAUGGCUAAUCUAGCUUUGAGGUGAAACUGUUAACUGUGUUUUAAUUUUAAUAUUCAGUAAUUUCAGUAUAUAGAUUGACAUUCAAUUUUAGUUUUCACCUCGGAGCUUUUGUUUGGUUGAUCAAGUGGUGAGCAUUUCUCCAUGUUACUUGCCAUACUAAUUGUAACCUACCUAUGUCUGCUGGCAUGAAUGCGAUGUACAUAUACCUACUUGUUGUGUUGUGACAUUCAGCAAUAAUUUAUAUUAUGACCAGUAGAAAGCUUUCUUUAACAUCAAUUUAAUUGGUGCGUGGUUCUCAAAGAGAAUCGCGCAACAAAAUCAUACGUAAUUUUACAAAUGUAAAUGUAUUUCUAGUGUUUUCCAUUGCCAUUGGUUACCAAAAAUGACAGGAUUUUAGUAAAACAAUUGUGUAUAUUUAGAAAGAAUACUCCCGUUGGGCAGCCGUGAAAUGAACUCCGAAUGUCCUUUGUCGCACAUCGAAUUGUUAAGUGUUGCUCAUGUUAAGUAGAAGGAUUCAUUCGGGGUUCGUUUCUCCGACUGUCGAAUGUAAGAAAUAAUGUAAUAUAUUAAUUGUUUAAGCUGUUGUGUCGAAAAUAACAAGAACAGGAAUAAUUUUGUGAAACAAUGGCACAAAGAAUGAACAGAAAUAUUAUAUAUAUUAUAAAAAAACAGAAAUGUGGCUAUAAGAGCAAUUUUUAUAAUAAAUAUUUACUGUUGAUGAA